AUGGCUCCCGCACGCUUCGGCAUCCCCCUCUUUGAAUACCAAGCCCUCGAUGUUAUCGGACCGCUUGAUGUGAUAGCAGGAACAAACACCGCCUUGCUAAAGCACUAUGAAGAUAACAACUUAAUUCCUAAGGGCCUUCAUGAACAUGGCCUCGAGCUUGAAUUCUAUCACAUCAGCGACAUCACAAACAAAUCAAAGCCGACGAACUUGGAGCUCGAAAACCUCGAUGUUGUAGCCACAGUCACCACUGCUGAUUGUCCACAAAUUGACUACUUGCUCAUUGGCGGCCCCCUGCCAACUUUCAAGCUCUCAGAAGAGAUGAGUACUUUCAUCCGAGACCGCGUGACUAAAGGAGAGAUCAAGACCAUCUUCACCACAUGCACUGGGGCUGCAGUCCUCGCACAAACGGGCCUUCUUGAUGGGAAACGCGCAACUGUUAACAUGGGAAUGAUUGAUAUUGCACGUCAAAUGUAUCCCGCUGUUAAUUGGGCUCAGAAAACCGACAAGGACAACUGGGUCAUUGACGGGAAUAUUUGGACUGCAAACGGAGCCUGCACGGGUAUGGACAUGUUUGCGCAUUGGUUGAUUCAGGAAUGCGGUUUGGAGCUUGCAAAGUUCCAAUUUGGGACGUUGGGUUAUGCUCCGCGUGGGAUUGAUGGGCAGCUUCUCUCUUUAUGA